AUGAGUUUUGCUCCUCUCCUCUCCACGAACCUCACUCUCUUUCCCAAUCUGACCGGUGGCGGCGAUUGCACAACUAUCACCGCCGGCGACAAACAAUCAUCACCAGCGGCGGAAUCAACCUCAGGUGUUGUUUUCUUUGCAUCUCUUCUUCUUUGCACCUCUUUUCUUCCAUCAAAACUAACCCUAAUGGUUUUGUAUGUAGUCAUCCACCCGGCUGCGGCGAUUGCACAACCAUCACCGCCGGCGACAAACAAUCAUCACCAAGCUCUCUCCCACCCCAAAUGGGCAGACGAGGUGUUGGACGGAUCUCUCAGGUUGUUGGACAUCUGUGGCACCACUAGGGAUGUUUUGUCACAGCUCAAAGAAUCUCUGCAACAACUUGAAUCAUCUCUCCGGAGGAAACGAAGCGGAGAGUCUGGUUUGGCAACCCAAGUUGGUGCUUACAUGACAUUCAGGAAGAAGAUUAAUAAAACCAUCCACAAAUGUCUAGCAGAUUUGAAGAAGAUGGAGAAGCACACCUCCUUUGCUCUCUUCAUUAGCAAAGAUCUUGACCUUGUGGCCAUUGUUAACGUGCUGAAGGAAGUAGAAGCGAUCACUGUCUCGGUGUUCCAGUCUGUAUUGUCGUUUGUAUCAGGGCCAAAGGCACAAUCAAAGCCCAGUGGUUGGUCUUUGGUUUCAAAAUCGAUGCAACCAAAGCGCAUAGCAUGCGAAAGGGAAGAAGAGGAUGGCUGCAGUGAGAUGGAGAAAUUGGAUGGUGCUUUGUAUGCUCUGAUCAACUGCCAAAAGUCAUGUAUGGGCGGCGGAGUACUGCAGAACGCACAGCCAGAGCCAAUUCCCCUACCACGUGCCCCGUCAACCAGAAGAUGACGGGAAAUAACCCCAAG